GCUCGCAAACUGUCAUCGACGUCAAUGCGUCAAACAAUCUUUUUCGUCCUAGGUAGCAUUCAAUAAGUGAAUAGGUUGCCGGCGAAAUUAUUUUCAUUUAUUUGCAGUGUAAACUGUUUUAAAUCAAAUUUAUGUUAUGAUUUAAAUUUGUGUUAAAUAAACUGCAUCCAAUAUGACCGUAGAGACCCAACCUAAGGCAAAACUGCCAUACCUCUCCUCCGAUAAACAGCUAACGUUUAUAAAAUUGGCUGUUUUAUCAAUGGCAGCAAUCUUAUCAUUUGCAACCAGGCUGUUUUCGGUACUUCGCUUUGAGAGUGUCAUCCACGAGUUUGAUCCAUACUUCAACUAUAGAACUACUCGCUACCUCACGGAGGAGGGUUUUUACAACUUCCACAACUGGUUUGAUGAUCGAGCAUGGUACCCGUUGGGUCGUAUUAUUGGAGGUACAAUAUACCCUGGUUUGAUGGUGACAUCGGCAACACUUUACAAUAUUAUGCAGUUUCUAAAUAUCACAAUAGACAUUAGAAAUGUCUGUGUCUUCCUCGCACCUUUUUUCUCAUCUCUAACUACAAUUGUCACUUAUCUGCUGACUAAGGAACUUAAGGAUGAAGGUGCAGGUUUAGUUGCAGCCGCAAUGAUAGCUAUUGUACCAGGAUACAUCAGUCGGUCAGUCGCUGGCAGUUACGAUAAUGAAGGCAUAGCCAUAUUCUGCAUGUUGCUUACAUACUACUUUUGGAUAAAAGCAGUCAAUACAGGAACCAUUCUGUGGGCUACGAUGACUGCUCUUGCUUAUUUCUACAUGGUAUCAUCAUGGGGUGGUUAUGUGUUCCUAAUCAACUUGAUCCCACUUCAUGUACUAGCACUGAUGUUACUGGGUCGUUUCUCUGCCCGUGUGUAUGUGGCGUACAGCACACUGUACUGUGUUGGCACUAUACUGUCAAUGCAGAUCUCAUUUGUCGGCUUCCAACCAGUACAGAGCUCGGAGCACAUGUUGGCUCUGGGUACGUUUGGUCUGUGCCAGCUGUAUGCGUUCGCACAGUACCUGCGCGCAAGACUCUCGCCUGCCAACUUUGAGCUGCUGUUCCGAGCAUUACUCACUACUUUGUUGGCAACACUGGGCACUGCUGUCGUUGCUCUCACUGUCACAGGAAAAAUUUCACCAUGGACGGGAAGAUUCUACUCUCUGCUUGAUCCUUCUUAUGCUAAGAAUCACAUUCCUAUCAUUGCAUCUGUAUCGGAGCACCAGCCCACGUCGUGGUCCUCGUUCUACUUCGAUCUGCAGGUGCUGGUGUUCCUCUUCCCCGCUGGACUCUACUUCUGCUUCAGCAAACUAACCGAUGCCAACAUAUUCAUCAUACUUUAUGGAGUGCUCAGUAUUUACUUUGCGGGUGUGAUGGUCCGUCUCAUGCUGGUACUUGCUCCGGUGAUGUGCAUCGUGUCUGGAGUGGCUGCGUCCAGUUUGCUGAGUCUGCAUGUCAAAGAUAUAGAACCUAAAGUAGAUAAACAUGAUAAGAAAAAGAAACACGAGAACAAUUUUGUAUUCCGGUCUGAGGUGGGGACAUUGUUUGUGUGCGUGUUGGGCUGCUUGCUGGUGUCGUAUGUGUUCCACUGUACGUGGGUGACGUCAGAGGCGUACUCCUCCCCCUCUAUCGUGUUGUCUGCGCGCGCUCACGACGGCGCCAGGAUCAUAUUCGACGAUUUCCGUGAAGCGUACACCUGGCUCAAGAUGAAUACACCUGAGGAGUCGAAGGUGAUGUCGUGGUGGGACUAUGGUUACCAGAUAACAGCGAUGGCGAACCGCACAGUAAUAGUGGAUAACAAUACGUGGAACAAUACGCACAUUUCGCGCGUUGGACAAGCCAUGGCCUCCAGCGAGGAGCGCGCCUACGAGAUCAUGCGAGAGCUGGACGUAGACUAUGUUCUAGUAAUAUUUGGUGGACUCGUGGGGUACUCUUCUGAUGACAUAAACAAGUUCCUAUGGAUGGUUCGCAUUGGUGGUAGUACUGAGCGUGGUGCUCACAUUAGAGAGGCGGACUACUACACUCCAGCGGGAGAGUUCCGCGUUGACGCUGAUGGUGCACCCACACUGCUCAACUGUCUCAUGUACAAGAUGAGCUACUACAAGUUCGGUCUCGUCUACACUGAAGGAGGUCGUCCUCCGGGCUUCGACCGUGUGCGUGGUGCGGAGAUCGGCAACAAGGACUUCAAUCUGGACGUACUGGAGGAGGCCUACACCACGGAGCACUGGCUCGUCCGCAUCUACAAGGUGAAGCCGCUGCCCAACCGCGGUCUCUGAUCACCACUCACCAUCAUUGACCAUCUAACACCAUUGAUCACCACUCAUAAGUAAUCAUCGAGAUGAAUGGAUAAUGUCAAUAUACUAUAUGCUUGAAUUUCAUACAUUUAUAUUUGUAAGUCUCGCAAUCUUUCUUAUCUUGUACUAAUUACCCACUCAUGCUUUCCUCAAGCUCUCUAUUGAUGAAAUUAAUUUUUUGAUCAGUUUAAUAGUUUUAAAGUAAAAAAAAAAAACAUUAAAUUAUAUUGAAUUUGUCACAAAAACUAGGCUAAGAUCUAGGUAAGAUAGCACAAAAAGCUAAGAUCGACUAAGAUUGCGAGCAGUCGUAUAUUUAUCAAGCAAUUUUAGUGUCAAAGUAUGCUAGUGAUGAUAGACAUGUCUUUUUCAUUCAUUUUCAUAAUUUAAUAUUAAUUUACAACAGUACUGUAAGUGUAAAAAUACAGAACCAUUGAAAACUGCACACUACCAAUGUGUUCAUACUAAAUCAAAUUAAAUAAUAUAUAUUUUUUAAUGGAAACUGUUUAUUAUUUAACAAUUUUUUUUACUAAAAUCAGCAGAUUAAUAACAAGAUGUGUCCUUACAGAAUCAUUGACGUACAAAUUUAAGUAUAACUUGUCUCAAAAUUUUAAGCACAGAUGUCAGUAAUUUGUCUCAAAUAAGAAUC